AUGGUCCGAUCGAAGCGCAAAGCUGCAGCUGAAGCUCCAGAGGAGGAAGAAACCCCAGGGCCGUCAUCUCACUCGAAGCCUAGACGAAGAAAGGAGCCUGGCACUCUCAAGGAGCAGCUCGAUGAAGCCAAGGAGCGAGAAAGGAAGAGCUGUGAGGAGCAGGGCAGAUCUUUCAAGCAGCUUAGCCAGUCAGAGUCGGCUUUGAUCCAGAUCCGACACUACCAGCAGACCCAUAGCUUGCAGAUACCGAAGCUCCGGUUCCAGCGGGUAGUGCGCGACAUUUGCGACGCAAUGUCCAGCGAAAGGUACUUGGAGUGGCAGCAAGGACGAGCGGAGCGCCGUCGAACUAUACCAGACCUGCAGGAGGAUGACUGGGAGCCCCCGAAGAGGUAUCGCAUGGACACUCAGGGACUCCUGGCACUGCAAGAGGCCUGCGAGAGCAUGCUCGUUGGACUCUUUGAGGACAUGAAUGUUUGUGCCGUACACUGCAAGCGCGUGACAGUCAUGCCCAAUGACCUCGUCCUUUGCCGUCGCCUGAACGGUGCCUGGCAGUGGGAACCCGGCCAACAGAAGGUCCCGCAAGGGAGAUGA